AUGCACCGACCUAACCUUCACGCGACACAACCGACAGAGGAGCAGUUCACCGCCAACGCCAACGCGAGUGGGAUCGCUCCGUGUUUGCGUUCAGUUUGUCGUUUGUAUAUUUCGAUCGGGAUACGCGCGGGUGCAUAAAAACAAUGUUUCUCACAGCGAGUACGUAGUUCCUCGUUUCCUUGUCAACGAGAAAACAUCGGAUGACCGUAAACGAUUUUGAUUAAUCGGACAGUUCGAGGUUCUAAUGAGUUUUCCCAGCGCGUUUUUCUCGUUGCGUCGGGAUCGCGAAGUCGGAUCCGAUUAAAAUUAUAAUCGAAAUCGAACGCGAAAGACGACGAGUAAUAAAUUCUGUGUCCGUGUGCGUGCGGGUCGUUUGUAGCUUAACCGGGAAAAGAAAGAUCCGUGGAACAUGAGCGAUUGCAUCCGGGAAACUUGGUGAAUACGACGCGAACGACGAGGCAAAAAUGAAAAGUCCGAGGGUGAUAUAACGUGAUGUUUCGUAAAUUCACGGGAUGGAGCAAAAAGGAGGUGCAUCGAACGACGCGAAUCCUCGAACGGGUUGGAGUACGCAGCAACCGGAGCAGCAGAACUGUCAGCCCGCGGGGACCGAGCAGCAACAAGAGCAACAGAGAAUAAAGCAAGAGUUUGCCGACAUGACGGAUCAGCGAGAACAGCAGCCUCAGCCGCAACAACAGCAGCAGCAGCAGCAGCAGUCCCAUCAGCAGCAGCAGCAGCAGCAGCAGCAGCAGCAACAACAAACCAAAGGAAACGAAGAGCCGAGAACAAAUCUGAUCAUCAACUAUCUUCCACAGAGCAUGACCGAGAAGGACCUUUACAGUCUGUUCGUGACCAUCGGUCCCGUAGAGUCCUGUCGCGUCAUGAAGGAUUACAAAACGGGAUACAGUUACGGUUUCGGUUUCGUCAAUUACGCGAAAGCCGAAGACGCGGCCACCGCUAUAAGCACCUUGAACGGGCUCCAGGUCCAGAACAAAAGGCUGAAAGUGUCGUUCGCGAGGCCGUCCGGUGAAGAGAUCAAGGAGACCAAUCUCUACGUCACGAAUCUGCCAAGAAACAUAACCGAGAGUCAGAUCGACGAUAUAUUUAGCAAAUACGGGAACAUCGUGCAAAAGAACAUUUUAAAAGACAAACUCACCGGAUUGCCGCGGGGCGUGGCAUUUGUAAGAUUCGACAAGCGGGAAGAGGCGCAAGAAGCGAUCGCGCGGCUACACGGCACGAUACCGCAAGGUGGAACGGAGCCGCUCAGCGUGAAAAUCGCGGAGGAACACGGGAAACAAAAGGCAGCGUACUAUGCCGGGUGGCAGGCCGGUUACAAUCAGAGUCGAGAUACGGCUGUAUCUAAGUCGAUGUACGGCGAAGAUUGAAAAUACUGUUUGCGUUCCAAAUGCUGCGUGCAACGAUAAAACGAUGCCGCACGCCGCGUUUCUCUGCGAGUACUACCCGUCCGCGUAGAGACGCACGUUGUCGCGGCUGUUCAUUUUCUCUGUGUUCCAUUUUCGUUAAGAAUUUUUUCGACGUUGUGCGCAUGAGAUUGUUUGCAUACAUUCGCUACACACGAGAGCCAGACGACGAUCUCUCCGGCGGUGCUGUUCGGUCGCACGCGGGAGACGGUAAGAGACGCGACACGCCAGUUUCGCAAACGGAAGAGCAAGUGUCACUGUGACAGAGACGUUUUUGCGUGUGACGAUUUUUUAUAAUGGACGAGAGCAAGAAACGAGACGAAAACCUACUGAUAAACGUGUACGAGAAUCGUCGUAUUCCUGCUAGAUUCGAUGACGGAUGACCGUGGUUCUCGAGAGAAAAGACGAAAGCGUACGGAAACGAGGAGAACCCAGCGAGGCCGGUACAUUUAUUUAUUCAUUUCUUUUCAUUUUCUUUUCGAAUCGUUAAUCGUUUCGAAUCCACGGCACGGAUCGACGAGAUUGUAAAUUCUGUUGUUUCCGACCGCUGACGCUGUGUUACCAUGUUUAUUUCACGUGGUCGUUUAUAGAAAGACGUGCGUACGACAGAGAAAAUCAUUGUACUAUUUACGUCUUUAAGCUACUUUUUGUACUUAUUUUUUUUUUCUACCGAGACAUAGACACUUCGUACUGCAUAUAGAUAUACGUUUUGUUAAUUAUUUGAGACUAUGGAAAUACACUUUUCUGUUCACGGAUGGAUUUAUUCAACCCUCCUCCGAUCCUUGAUCGACUCGCGCGCGAGUUCUCGUCCAGCCUCCUCUUCUCUCUCUCUCUCUCUCUCUCUCUCUCUGUAUCUGUAUUUUUUUUAUCGAUCAGGGCCUUUUGUUUGAAACACGAUGAUUGACAAGCGCCUGUAGUGUUUAUGUUCGAAGGAAGUAGGUAUUUUUUUUCUUCUGUGAGUCGUGUAUUCUGAUUAAGUAGGAUUUAUUUGUAACACGAUGUUUCGCGACGUUGUACGCUGCUCGAAAGCUCGCGCUUGUACACGCGUAGUUACGCGCGUCCGUCGACCCGUGCCUACGAGAGGAGAGACUUGGAGCAGCGUAGAAAGAGCGUGCAACGAGAUCGUCGUAUGCCUGCGAACAAUUAUUUAUUUAGCGAGCGUCGUUGCUGAUCCGUGAUUAGUUUCUGGACGGAAUGCAUUCGCGGAAACGGUGUGGCUUUAACAGAGAAGUUUGUUCAGUGCAUGGCUGUGUCUUCUAUCAUGCGAUUGUCAUGUUAUAUGCAACAACGGACGAAUGCGUGUACGGACAAAUAAUUUUUCGUCGGACGAUCGAUCGGAAAGAAAGAAAAAGAAAAUGUGUGUUCUUCACCGGCUGCCUAGCACCUUUGGUGUAUUUGUCUGGAAGUGCAUUCGUCUGAACGAAGUGUUUUCGAAUAAUUCUUUAACUUGAACCAUUCUGAUUUCUAUGCUCGCCAAUCGACGAAGGAGAACGUCUGUAUCCGACCAGGAAUAAAUACCAGCGAUACGCGCAUUAUCUUUAUUAAACGAACGACGCGAUAUCUCGUUCGGUACACUCGUUCGCCUCGCGAAUCACCUAGUGCGAAACGAGUUCGGGUUCCGGGGCGUUUGAAGCGCGCCGAACACCGGCAAAGUUGUUAUCACGGUUAUUGUAACACUACUUCACUAGAGACGAGACGCGCGCGUCACUCUCCCGGAUCGCCUCGUUCCUUUCUUUCUCACUCUCUCUCUCUCUCUCUCUCUCUCUCUGUGUGUGUGUGUGUACGUACUCGGACACACGAACACGAUUCGUUCUCGGUUUUUUGUAUCGCGCGGAUCACGAGAGCCCACGAUCGAAAUUAAAUUUAAACACGAAUUGCUCAAAGAACGCGAACCACCGGUCCCACCCGGAGGUCUCCUCCGUGGUCGCGCAGCCUUCGGGACGCCUCGUCGUCGAGCGUUCGGUUUAACACUUUGAUCGAAAGUAUGCGCGCCGGGACGUCGACGCGAUCGCACUAUUCUGUCCGAGAUAAUUGCUCAGGACGUCGAUCCCCGUCGACCGAGUCGGCGGGGUGUCUUCGACGUCUAUCAAGAUCAACGUGUUAAGCGGCAAGGAAACAAGCGUUUCUGUGUUUUACUUAAGAUUAGGUAGAGCGAUUAAACGAGACGUUGUAAUCGGUAGUUAGGCCAGUUCUUCCAUCCGAGGGUUUUUACGGACCGUCUCUCCGGGAGACGGUCCCUUCGUUCCGUUCACCGACGUCGGUGAACCUUAGCGUAGAGUUUAGAAUUUAGCUAGCGAAAGUAUCCCACGUCGGCCAGAUCCUCGAACGACCGAGGGGAAGAGUCGUCGUUCGAGCAACGGCGAACCGAUCGACCGUGGAAGUCGACCGCGUUUUCCCCGACGUUCCGAGACCCGAUCGUCGGGAAUCGCGAAUCGUUCCAGGGUCGAACGGUCGACCGACGACGGGGCGACGGCAAUCUUUUCUAUUUAUGAAGUUAAACGAUCUUCGCUGUUAAUGAUUUUCACCCUGUCAAUCCUGAACGCGUCUUAGACGCGAAUCGAUCGAAGAAAGUUCGAAUCGCCGAUUCGGCUACGUCGACAGAUAUUAUACAUAGGUAUGCGUAUAAGAAACACGUAUCUCCUACGAUCCUGACAAUCGUUCCCUUUUUUUAGCAGAUUUUUCCCGAUCGUUCGACACUUACAUACUUAUACAUAAUUAUAACUACGACGCGAACGCUUUCGAUAUAUCGUCCGUAAUCGAUGUUAUCAAUUAAUAGAUCUCUGUAGGAGGUACCACCGACCUCGUCCCCGACGAUCGACCCGAACCUCGCGACCACGCGGGGAAAGAGAGGGUCGCGAUCAGGGACGAGGUGUGCCGCACGAUGUAAUCGACGAGUACAGGAGGCAGAAUCGUGCAACUCGCGACUUAGCAAAUCGAAACUAUUUAGGAAUUUAAUAUUGCGAAUGCGCCGGUAUUUGAGCCAUUGCACGCGACCGUUUCUCGCGUCGAGUCUCCGUCGACGGACGAACGAACGAACGAAAGACCGCCGAGCGGGCGGCGAAACAGGGAAUGGUAAAAAGAGACGGCCAGGACGAUCGAUACCGAGAGUUUAAUUAGUACUUAAGUCAGGCGAAUCAACGAGCUAAGAUUCUCAAACGUAUUCAUUCAGAACGUCUGUGCGACGAGCUCCUGCGCGUCGUUCUUUCCACAGGACAGACACCUGUUCGCCGAGCGAACUCGAAACACAGUCGACGAGACCGCCGCGAGUAGCGAGCGGACCGAGAGCAAUAAAUCCAUGUGCACCUUGGAAAGAGCGACGCGACCGUUUUCCACGAUCAGUGUACAUAAACCGAAAAUUCUAAUUUUAACUUAACACGUUAAGUAGUAAAUUGUAAGGUCUAACGGAUCGAAGAUCGUUCGAAAUGGUUAUAAUCCCGAAGUCCAAUAGUGCUAACGAUGGCUGUGAUAUGGAAUAAGGAAAAAUUAACGAGAGAACGAACGAACGAACGAAACUCGCUCCUCUCUUCACCGCUCUCUUGUUCGCGUUCUGUUCAUCUAAUCGCCGAGAUCGCGCUGUCCCGUACGUUUUCCCGCGUCGAAUUUAUCAACGUUCCGCACGCGGACGACAAUCGUGAUCGACGGACGCCGGGAGAGAUAUCGAGCGGAAAUUGGGGACGUUCGUUUUACUCAGAGUUCUUUCGUACAAUUGAGAGAGCGACGAAAUCGGAGAGACAGAGUAUGUAUUAAGUCUCGGUAAAAAAUGCCUGCGACAUUCCCAAUAAUACAUUCAUCGUAUUUUUCUCUUCUUCUUCUUCUUCUUCUUCUUCUUCUACUUCUUGCUCGUGUUGCCGUAAGAGAUCGAUCUCGUAGACAACUAGUAGAGAGUCGAGAAGUCUAGCGCGGAAGAAUUCGCGAAUGGCGCACCGGAAGUCAGUUCCCUCGCGGAUUUCCCGAAGCGGAAGAACUCGUCUCGAAUUGAGAGACGAGUUCGACCGUAUGUAUGAACACGUUUCGACGAGAUCUCCAGGUCUGAUUCCGGGCGCCGACGAGACGCGCGCACGUGCUCGAGCGAAUCCACGGCGGGUCUACAUCGAUACGGUAGAGAGCUGCGAAUUAUUGUACACGGUAGGACGAACGACGAUGCGUCGUGCGAGAUCGUUACCACUGACGACGACGCGUGCGAGACGCGCGAGCGUCGCGUCGACGGCGUUUGUGCCGUUCUCGCGCUCGAACACACACACUCGGUUCCUUCGGGAGAAGGUUCGAAAUCACGCGUACAUCCCGCGAUCGGGACGGAACCUACCUUCGAACAGACAGUUGCCGCACAAGUACUUCGCGUCACCUUUCUUAUCCUUGUUGCUACAGGGGUCCGCGUGAUUCUGUAGUCGCUCGUUAAAUUUCAUUAAAACGAUUAGAAAGCAA